AUGUCCCCGGAGGGGGGCGGGGAGAGGGGGACUACAGUGAAUCUUGGGCAGAGCCCUCUGCUGGGGAGGGGCGCCCCCCUGACCCACUUUUCGUGGUGUCCUCUUCCCUGGGGUCACUGCCCCACCCCGGGUGGAAGUGCUAACCCGGAGGGCUGCACCGCGCACGGCGUGGGAGGCCGCCCGCUCCCCACCCUAUGCCACGACCCCAGGGCGCGGGGCGUGCGGGGACCCCGGGGCGGCCCGUGCCCGAGCAGCCUCGCGCGGGCUCCUGGGUUCCCCCGAACCUCAGGCGUGUGCAAGGACCCCCCCGGGCCACCGCCUAGGCCCCUGGCGCCUCAGCCCCCCAGCGGAGGGAAAAGGAGAUUGAGGAGGGGAAGAAGCAGUAAACAGCUCCAGCGUCCGGGCCUCGCCUCUAAGAGAGCCCCGCUCCCCGGGCCCUGUCGCCGGCCGUCGGGACCCCCCGGCUGUCCCCAGGGCCGCGCUGUCCAGGACCCGGAGGACCCGAGAAGACUCCAGGCCUCUCCCCGGUUAGCUCUGGAGGCUCCAGAAGCGACCCGGGCAGCGGAGAACGGGGAAGUCAGGACUUACCUGUCAUUACUUUCUACGCCAUCUUGGAUCCACUUGUCAACGUCCCCACAAAGCAUUAUGGGGCGGCGACCCCAAGCGGCGGGACAAGGUUGAAGGCGGGCGCCACGCUGGCUCGGGAAGAGAGAGGAGGGGGAUGUCCAGAGUGGCUCAGAGGCGACUAGGGCGCAGGAAGUAGGAGGCGACCGUGCGCUGGCUACGGACCUCAGCGAGCAUCCCGAGGG